UAAAAGAGUAUCGGCUUUGGUAGCAAUGUGGAGAAUUUCACUAUACGCUCAACGAGAAAAGAAAACAGUUUCCAAAUAACCAUGCUGAUUAAAAGAAAGAUAUAUCAGUCGGAAUACUUUAUCCUUUACAAACAGGUUUUUGAAAUAAACUACAUGGAAGUAAUAUUACUACUGAAUGAGUGAAUUUGGAUAAAUCAGCAAUAUACAUUUGUGCUAAAUGGACAACGGAAUUAUUUUUUUAAGUAUCUGAGUGAGCGAUUGUAACGUACUUUACUAGUAAUUUUUCCUUUUAUUUAAAAGCACAAAUGCCGUUCACUUAGAAAGAAGCUGAUUUAGUGUGAAUUAUGUUUCAAACAAUUGUGAUUAAGCAGUUAGAAAUAUAAAGUGUAUUGACGACUUUAACGUUUGUUAAGAAAGUUGUGAAAUAAUAAAUCAAUACACAAUGUAAAGUAUGUAAGUACAAAUGACAAAGUUAAGUCAAAUGUUACAAAGAAGUAGUAUUGUAGUUAUUGGGGAAAGGUGAUAACAAGAAGAGAGGUGUUUUGAAGUUAUGAGAGAAAGGUACAAAAGAGUUUUGAAUUAAUGGAUAUAUUCCUUUAAGAAAAAUUGCAAAACAAGUUGGUAGAAACAUGAAAAAUAAACUUUUUUGUUUUAGAUUGUAAUGCAAAUGCUGUGAAUAAUAUAUUGUAUUGAAUAAAUAAAUAAUAUUAAAUAGUUAAAUUUAGAGGAAUUAUUAUUGAUAUAGAGCAAAAGCUUACACAGAUGGAUAUAGGAGGAUAUAAAUUCUAGUCAAAAUUAAAACUGAUUUUAGUUUGUAUAAAUCAUAGUAGUUUUGUUCUAUGAGGAGAACAGCAGCAAACAUACCUUGAAAAAACAACAUAACAGAAGUCAUUGUAUCAUGAACGAUUAACGAUAAAAAUCAAAUAAAGAGAGAAUCGGAACAAUGAGUAUUGUUUGGAUCUGGAACAUGGUAUGUUUCAUGAUGGAUAUAAUAGCUUACUUCAUGUCCUGUUUUAAAGUUGGACAUACUGACGAUGGAGAAAAUGAAGAAAGGAAAAAGAGACAAAAACAUGACGAAGAUUAUUUUACGAGCUAUGCAGGCAUUUGUGUUCACGAGGAAAUGUUAAGUGACACUAUUAGAACAAAUGCAUACAGAUACGCAAUUCUGAAGAAUUAUGAGAGUAUUCGGGGAAAGGUCGUGGCCGAUAUUGGUGCUGGCACUGGUAUUUUGUCGGUGUUCUGUAUUCAAGCAGGUGCUAAAAAAGUAUAUGCAAUAGAGGCUAGUGAUAUAGCAAAACAAACUCAGGCUAUUGUAGAUGAAAACAAAAUGACAGACAGGAUCGAGGUUGUUCACAACACAGUGGAGAAAGUAAUAUUUCCGGAAAAACUUGAUGUUAUUGUUAGUGAAUGGAUGGGAUAUUGCUUGUUUUAUGAGUCAAUGCUGCCUUGUGUACUACAGUGCCGUGAUAGAUGGCUGAGAAAGGAUGGUGAAAUGUUUCCAUCUAUGGCAAGCCUUUACAUUGCUCCAUUUACUGACAACGAUUAUGAUAACAGGCUUGAUUUCUGGUCGGAGAUUCAAUCCGUGUACAAGUUAUCGAUGGAAUGUAUGAAACCGUACGCACGAAAAUCUAUAUCAAAACAGGUUCAUGUUACCAGUAUAUCACCAGACAGUAUCCAGGCUUAUGCUGAACAAAUAUGUCAUUUGAAUCUCAAAACAGCAACUGCAGAUGACCUGCAAAACGUUCAGAAAGAUUUUACAUUCCAUUGUUUUGGUCAAUCUAACAUACAUGGUUUUACAACAUGGUUUGAUGUUGGAUUUCCAGAAAGUAUAACUCUUACCACAUCGCCUUAUGCUGAACAGACUCAUUGGUCACAAACACUAUUUUACAUAGAUGAUCCAUGUGCCGUUAUACAAGACACUGUGAUAAAGGGAAGCAUUUCUAUCAAACCGCAUAUAGAUGCACACAGAUUUCUUGACAUCUGCAUUACGUAUCAGAUUGGAGAUGGUCCAACACAUUAUAAGACUUACUUAAUGAACGACUGUAUUACGUGAUAGACAAAGCAACUGUGAUAAAUACCUUAUGUGAUAUUUGUCAGAAUUAAAUUUAUACGUAAAUUAAUUAUCCCACAGACAGUUUUAUCGAGUAAUGAUGGAGCAAAUGUUCAGAAUUUGAGAAGGGAGAGUUAAAAAUAUAUAUGCAGUACUGUUACUGA